UUGGAUGCAGUAAGGGUCAAAGGUCAUUAAACAUUAAGUGUAGAGGCCACAGCAAGACAUUAUGAGUUUUGCCGGGCAGAAACGUUUAGGAGAGUUAAGUACAGCUAUAGUGGCUGUCAAACGGCCUAGGCAAGACUUGGUGGCUGUGUCUGAAAAUGCAAGUAGGAAGCAGAUCAUGCUUUCGGGGCCUCCCCGAUCCUCAUCACUGGAAGCUCCCAUCAUGCAACUACAUGGACAUGAGGCUGGUGUGCUGAGUGCCAAGUUCAGCCCAACUGGCGGCACCCUGGCUUCUGCUGCAAAUGACAGACUCAUCUUCUUGUGGAACGUUUAUGGUGACUGUGAAAAUUUUGCGGUGAUGAAAGGACACACUGGUGCCAUCAUGGAGAUACAGUACUCAACAGAUGGAACAAUGUUGUUCUCGUGCUCGGUGGACAAGACCGGUGCAGUGUGGGAUUGUGAGGUGGGAGAGAGGAUAAAGAAGCUCAAGGGUCAUUCUUCAAUUGUCAAUACCUGCUCUCCUGUGAGGAGAGGUGCCCCCAUUGUGGCCACUGGUUCUGAUGAUGGAAACAUUAAAGUGUGGGAUGUACGAAAGAGAGCUCCUGUGUGCACGCUCAAUAGCACCUAUCAGAUUAUGGCAGUGAAGUUCAAUGACUCUGGUGACCAGAUAAUGUCUGGAGGGCUUGAUAAUGACAUCAAGGUUUGGGAUAUGCGACGUAACGAAGUGGUGUACUCAAUGACAGGUCACUCUGACACUGUGACUGGACUCAGUAUCAGCCCCAAUGGUCACUAUCUCCUAUCUAACUCUAUGGAUAACACUGUACGAAUAUGGGAUGUUCGACCUUUUGCACCUGCCGAUCGGCAACUGAAGGUGCUGGUGGGGAACCAGCACGGAUUUGAAAAGAACUUGCUCAGGUGUGCUUGGUCUCCGGAUGGUAGAAAGGUCACAGCUGGCUCCUCAGACAGGUUUGUCUAUAUAUGGGACACAGUGAUUGAGAAAUUGGUCUACAAGCUCCCUGGUCACCUGGGCAGUGUCAAUGAUGUAGACUUCCAUCCCAACGAACCAAUCAUUCUUUCUUGCUCAAGUGACAAGACAUUGUAUCUAGGAGAACUUCAAUUGUAGUUUCUUUUUCCUUUACUGUUCCUCAUUUGACCAUGUACUUUCUGUGUUUAUAUCCUUGUUGAUUAACACUUGACCACUUCC